UGGGGCGUUUGGUUGCUGUUGCAUCUGGACCCAGGCGUGAGAAUGUCCUUUCCUAAGGCGCCCCUGAAACGAUUCAAUGACCCUUCGGGUUGUGCUCCAUCUCCAGGUGCUUACGAUGUUAAAACUUCAGAAGCAGCAAAAGGACCAGUGUCUUUUCAGAAAUCACAAAGGUUUAAAAACCAAAGAGAAUCUCAACAAAAUCUUAACAUUGACAAAGAUACAACUUUGCUUGCUUCGGCUAAAAAAGCAAAGACCUUGGUGUCAAAGAAGGAGUCUCAGAAGAAUGAUAAAGAUGUGAAGAGAUUAGAAAAAGAGAUUCGUGUUCUUUUGCAAGAGCGAGGGACCCAGGACAAACGGAUCCAGGACAUGGAAUCUGAGUUGGAAAAGACAGAAGCAAAACUAAAUGCAGCAGUCAGAGAAAAAACAUCUCUGUCUGCAAGUAAUGCUUCACUGGAAAAACGGCUCACUGAACUAACCAGAGCCAACGAGCUACUAAAGUCUAAGUUUUCUGAAGAUAGUCAUCAAAAGAACUUAAGAACUCUAAGCCUGGAGUUGAUGAAACUCAGAAAUAAGAGAGAGACAAAGAUGAGGAGUAUGAUGGCUAAACAGGAAGGCAUGGAGCUGAAGCUGCAAGCCACUCAGAAGGACCUCGCUGAGUCUAAGGGAAAAAUAGUCCAGCUGGAGGGAAAACUUGUUUCAAUAGAGAAAGAAAAGAUCGAUGAAAAAUCUGAAACAGAAAAACUCCUAGAAUACAUAGAAGAAAUUAGCUGUGCAUCUGAUCAAGUGGAAAAAUACAAACUAGAUAUUGCCCAUUUAGAAGAAGAUUUGAAAGAGAAGGAUCGUGAGAUUUUAAGUCUUAAGCAAUCUCUUGAGGAAAACGUUACAUUUUCUAAGCAAAUAGAAGAUCUGACUGUUAAAUGUCAGCUACUUGAAAUGGAAAGAGAUGACCUUGUCAGCAAGGAUGGAGAAAGGAUUGAAAGUCUCAGUGCUGAGAUACAGAUUCUAAGAGAGAAGCUGGUUCUGGAAAGGCAAGAAUAUGAAAAUCUGCAGCAAAAAGAAUUGCAAAGCCAGUCACUUCUGCAGCAAGAGAAGGAAUUGUCUGCUCGUCUUCAGCAGCAGCUCUGCUCUUUUCAAGAGGAAAUGACCUCCGAGAAGAAUGUCUUUAAGGAAGAGUUAAAGCUGGCCCUGGAUGAGUUGGAUGCAGUCCAGCAGAAGGAGGAGCAGAGUGAAAGGCUGGUUAAACAGCUGGAAGAGGAAACGAAGUCAACUGCAGAACAACUGAAGCGGCUACACAACCUGCUGAGAGAAAAAGAAGUUGAACUGGAGAGAAGUACUGCCGCCCACGCCCAAGCCACCUUGAUUGCACAAGAGAAGUAUAAUGACACAGCACAGAAUUUGAGAGAUGUCACGUCUCAAUUGGAAAGCUACAAGUCAUCAACACUUAAAGAAAUAGAAGAUCUUAAACUGGAGAAUAUGACUCUACAAGAAAAAGUAGCUAUGGCUGAAAAAAGUGUAGAAGAUGUUCAACAACAGAUAUUGACAGCUGAGAGUACAAAUCAAGAAUAUGCAAAGAUGGUUCUAGAUUUGCAGAACAGAUCAACAUUGAAAGAAGCACAAAUUAAAGAAAUCACGUCUUCAUUCCUUGAAAAAAUAACUGAUUUGCAAAAUCAACUCAGACAACAAGAUGAAGACUUUAGGAAGCAGCUGGAAGAGAAAGGAGAAAGAACAGCAGAGAAAGAAAAUGCAGUCACAGAAUUAACCAUGGAAGUUAAUAGAUGGCGUCUCCUAUAUGAAGAACUGUUUGAUAAAACUAAACCUUUUCAGCAACAACUGAAUGCCUUUGAAGCAGAGAGGCAGGCAUUGUUGAAUGAACAUGGUGCAACUCAGGAACAGCUAAAUAAAAUCAGAGACUCAUAUGCACAGCUACUGGGUCACCAGAAUCUAAAGCAAAAAAUCAAACAUGUUGUGAAAUUGAAAGAUGAAAAUAGCCAACUCAAAUCGGAGGUGUCAAAACUCCGGUCUCAGCUUGUUAAAAGGAAGCAAAAUGAGCUCAGACUUCAGGGAGAAUUGGAUAAAGCUCUGGGCAUCGGGCACUUUGACCCUUCCAAGGCUUUUUGUCAUGAAUCUAAGGAGAAUUUGACUCUCAAGACCCCAUUAAAAGAAAGCAACGCAAACUGCUGCUGAGUCAGAUGCAAC